CUCUGAAAGCUCACAUUUGAAUCGAUUUUCUUUUUCAUCCCUAAAAUUGAGGUAUUUUCUUGAAAUUAACCAAAGGUUUCAAGAUUAUUCCUUUUAUAGUUUCUUUGAGGUAUUUAUUUCUUGUUCACAAGAUUCUUUCUCCAGUUUCCGGUAUUAAACACUUUGGUUUCUUGAUUCUUUGCUUCUGUCUCUUAUUGAAGUGAAAAUUUUAAGUUUCUACCAAGAUUGUAAAAAAAUGCCACCAUUUGCAGGAUCAAAUACCUUUACGUAUGGGUUUAAUCAAGAAUCAAAUUCAAACAUAGUUACAAUUGAUGUGGAUGGUCAGCUUUUUCAAACCACCAAACAGACACUUUCUUUAGCUGGCUCCAAAUCGUUAUUCUCCAAGAUUUCGAAUUCUAAUCAAACAAUUCCAUUUAUUGAUAGAGACCCUGAAAUUUUUUCAGUUUUGCUUUCCCUUUUAAGAACUGGAAAUCUUCCCUCAAAAGCCAAAGCAUUUGAUAUUCAGGACCUGAUUUUUGAAUCCCAGUUUUAUGGUAUUGAGAACCUCCUUGUAAAUGCACAAUCAAACCCUUCUCAAUUUGAUGCAUUUAACCUUGAAAAAUCAUUGGUUUUGCCUCUGAGUGGCCGGGAUUCCCCCUCGGCUAUCUCCACAACUCAGUAUGGCUCAAUUCAUGUUGCUCAUGGGAGUAAAAUCUCCUCCUUUGAUUGGGCACUACAGAGGAAAUCUACAAUAUUGACUCAAUUCACAGUCAUCGAUUCAUUACUGUCAUUGUCCCCAAAAACUGCUGCAGCUGGUGCCACAGAUUUUUCGGGGUUACAAAUUAUUGAUCUUGAUAAGGGUUUUGUUAAAGAGACUUUGAAUUGGGAGAAUGUUACUAGGUCUGGUUCGACAGUGCAGGCAAUCGGGUCAUCACCUGAAUACUUGUUCACUAGCUUCGAGUCGAGCAGGAGGAAUUCGAAUUGCAUUAUGGUCUAUGAUCUUAAUGAUAGCUUAAGGCCUGUGACUGAGAUUGGCCAUUAUGAAAUUUUCGGCGCACAGCUUGAUUCUGCGGUUCCUUCAACUAAAUUACGGUGGAUUUCUAGUCAUAAUUUGCUGAUGGCCUCAGGUUCACACAGUGGACCUUCCGGAGUGUCUGGAAAUAUAAGAUUUUGGGACAUAAGAUCAGGGAACGUAGUUUGGGAACUAAAGGAAAAAUCCGAUUGUUUCUCUGAUGUCACGUUUUCAGAUUCUUUAUCGGCUAUGUUUAAGGUUGGAGUGAAUUCGGGUGAAUUGUUUUUUAUGGAUAUAAGGAAUAUGGAUGCUGACAAUUCUUGGGUUUGUCUGGGGGAUGAAAGAAAAGUGAUCAAGGGGAAGAAAGAAGGUUUUGGGUGUAAAGUCGAAAGCCAUGGAAACCAAGUGUUCUGUAGUAAAGGAGGAGACAUGGAGCUGUGGUCUGAGGUCCAGGCCGGUAACUUGAAAACGCGGGAAGGUGGCUUACAGGACAGAGUUUUUAGAAGGAAUUUGAUGGGGAGAGCGAAGGAUAUGGGAGGAAGCCAGAUAACCAACUUGAAUUUCGGAGGGAAUAAAAUGUUCGUGUCACGGAAGGACCAGCAAUGUGUUGAAGUUUGGAGUUCAGGGAGAGUAUAGAGAUUGAUGAACAAUGCAACUGCGUUAAAGCUGCAUCGAGUUUUUAUUGGCAAACUAAAGUCAAGUUCCUAAUUGUUUUUGGAUAGAGGGACAAGUUGGCUUAACAGAACUGAGUGGCGAAAAAUCAUUCAAGAAGUCGACCAAAAAUAUAAUGGAAACGAGACUUAGUUUGUCGUUGUUAUUGUUGUUUGUACCAAUUGAUGCUUAGAAGUAUCGACUGGUUUGUCAAGUUCUUAAAAUUAUUCUUUUGUAAAUGCUUUUGUACUUCAGAAAACAAAUUCUUCAUUCAAA